CCCACAGAAACUACCCAACCUGAUGAUCUCCCGAUAGAAGCCAUCGCUGUCCUCCCGCGCGGUCCCCCAUCACCUACCGGAUCUGGCUUUUUUACGACUCUCUCAAUGGCACAAGGGAACCCACUAUGGGGACCGAAGACGAGAAAACCGAGCGCUACUUCACCCGAGGUCGACUCUCGCGUGGCCGAGGACUCAGAAACACUACGGGCUGCGCGACAUGCCGCCGCCGUCAUGUCAAGUGUGACGAGAAGAAACCCGUGUGCGGCGGCUGUGAAAGGACCAAACGGACUUGUGCGUACGUCCAGAGGCGCCCGCUCAACAGGGAGCGGUCUGGCCCAGUAUCAGUGAGCUCUCGCAACGAAGAUGUCUCGAGACAAUCUGUUGAGAGGGGGUCGGGGCUGUCUCAAUCUCGCUCACCUAGCCCAUCGCCUUUAGGGUGUCCACCGGUCAUCAACGAUGUUACUGGGCAGAUAUCCUCCCCACCGACUACAGGUGGGGAGCCAGAACAGCCUCUUCCGGCCACGGCCACUCCUGCCAGCGGUAAUCCCCCAAGGGAAGUCCCCGGGGACGAUAACAUCCACGCCUCAUACAAUGAUGCCGUCGCUAGUGCACCAACCCUGCAACCACAAGUCGCGGUGCAAAGCGCAGAAGAUCCUCCGUGUACCGGUGCUACGCCCCAUGAUCCGGCGCUGACUUCCAGCUCUCUCGGGGCCAAUCUCGAGAACGCCACGGCAAUAUGGGUUGACCUCCUCCUACAGGACGCCUCGAUGCAACAACUCGACUUUUCGAGUCUCAACUUCCAGGCUGACGCAGUCGAUCUUUUCGGAAGCUCAGUGGUGGCGCACUCGCCCGCCGUGGGACGGUCUUCGCAGAACAACACCGGAGACGGCCUGUCGCCAACGCUGUGCACGUCGCAUCCAUACCUGCACGAGAGAGCCCCGAACCUGGACGAGUAUCAACGCCUGGAGAAGCAGGCUUGGAAAUCGGCGAGUUCACUCCCUAUUCUACCGCAGGAACACAAAGUCUUCCAGAACUUUGUGCUACACGUUAGUCAAUGGAUGGACCUGUUCGAACCCAGCAGGCCAUUUGGCACGCUUGUGCCCCAACUUGCAAUGCGCAACAUCGGGCUUAUGAACGCCAUUCUCGCCCUUUCCGCUCGCCAUCUUUCUCUCGGCACGACCCCCGAUGGGAAGGACGCCCAGGGCCCAAACGACGCGCUGCGAUACUACUACAAGACCCUCCACUACAUCCAGGAGGCCAUGCAGUACGACACGUACAAAACGAGCCUCGAGCUGCUGGCCACGAGCUCCAUCGUGUCGGCGUACGAGAUGCUCGACGGCUCCAGGCAGGACUGGGAAAGGCACCUCAAGGGGGUCUUCUGCAUCCAGCGCUCGCAGGGCAUCCACGGCGACUCGUUCGGGCUGAAGCAGGCCGUCUGGUGGGCCUGGCUCUGCCAGGACGUCUGGGCCGCCUUCCGCGAGCGGCGGCGCCCCUUUACCUUCUGGCGGCCCCUGCGGACGCUGGACGAGCUGGACCCAUACGAGCUCGCCGCACGCUCCGUCUACUUCUUCGCUCAGAUCGUGGCCUUUUGCUCCCGCGAGGAGACAGAGCGGGGGAGGGAAGACCCGCUGGCGAGGGUCGCGGCGGCGGAGGCGCUCAGGGACACGCUGGAGGACUGGAGGCGGCAUCUGACGGCCGAGUUCCAGCCGCUGCCGUUCGCGGGCUUGCCGGAGGACGUGUUCGAGCCCAUCUGGAUCAACCCUCCCGCCUUUGCUGUGGCAUUCCAGGUCUACUAUUGCUCGCACAUUUUGCUUCUCCUGCACGUCCCCGCGCUUGGGGGCUUGGAUGAGUACACCAAGCAGCGGAAGCGGUUGAUGGAAUGCGUCAGGAGAGUCUGCGGUAUCGGUAUGACGUCCACAGACUACCCCUCGAGUUUCAUGUCUUCUCAAUGUCUCUUUAUUGCCGGAUUGCCCCUAGAAGACAGCAGGGAACGCAACUUCGUCCUCGAAUUGCUGGAAGCCCAUCGUCUCCGCUCGGGAUGGCCUAUCAAGCCGCUAGGUGAGGAGCUCAAAGCCAGAUGGGAGGCAUCAGACGUCUAAGAGCGAUUCUUCUUCCUUCUUCUUCUUCUUCUCCUCCUCCUCCUCCUCCCCAUCCCAUCAAGCUUGGCCGGCUGAGCCGCAUAUCUCCAUCCACUCCUUGGUCUGCCGGGUGACCUUGCUCGUGCCCUCCUCGAUCAGCGUGGUGUGUGGGAGCUGCGCAACCUGAGACUUGAGGUGCGUGUAAUAGUCAUCGAGCACCAGCUUGUUGACGUUGAUCUUGGUGGCGCCCGCGGCAACGCACUGUCUCAUCAGCUCGGGCGAGAACCCGUUGGUGCCAUGCAGAGCCACCCUCGCCCUACCGGCGAUCUGGGUGCGUAUCCUCCCGAACCUGCACACUCAUCAGCAUCCUUGAUCACCGGGGAUUGACGGUUGUCUGCCAUGGCUC